AUGGAAGACAAAGGGGCUCGUGUUGCUGACUACUUUGUUGUGGCGGGACUGACCGAUAACUCCAAGCCACUGGAGGAAGAAAUCCACUUCAACGAUGCUUGUCAUAAACUGGCCAAACCAAAAGAGCCCAUCACAGAUGUGGUGGUAGUGGUUAAAUCUCUCGGGGAGGAGGUACCCCAUGGAUACAGAUGCAUAGACGUCACUCCAUCAGGGCUGUCUGCGGACCUCAACAAUGGCAGUCUUGUAUACCUUUGCUACAGGAGGGGAAGAGAGAAACCCCCGCUUACUGAUCUGGGGGUUUUAUACGAUGUGAAAGAGCGAUUAAAACAGGGCUGCGAAAUAAUCCAGUCUACUCCAUACGGCCGCCCUGCAAAUAUCAGUGGUGGAGCCUCGUCACAAAAAGUAUACAUUACAUACCGAAGGGCCUUGGAGAAUAUGACUCCGAAUACUCUGGCUGUAACAGAUAUCUGCAUAAUUGUCCCGAGCAAGGGAGAAACCCCGCCGCACACAUUCUGCAAGGUUGACAAGAAUCUCAACAACAGUAUGUGGGGCUCAGCAGUGUACUUGUGCUAUAAGAAAUCCGUGGCGAAUACAAACACCAUAUCAUAUAAAGCAGGUUUACUCUGUAGAUAUCCAGAAGACGACUAUGAUUCAUUCCCCUUACCAGUAUCGGUACCUCUUUUUUGUCUCCCGAUGGGGGCAACGAUUGAAUGCUGGCCAGCCAAUAGCAAGUAUCCCCUCCCUGUUUUUUCUACAUUUGUACUGACAGGAGCUUCAGCUGAAAAGGUGUAUGGUGCUGCUAUUCAGUUCUAUGAAACAUAUCCUGAAGAGAAUCUGACAGAGAAGCAGAAAUCUCAGCUGGGCUUACCAACGACUCCUGACAGGAAGUCUGCUAGUUCCAAAACAGUGCAGACUAACAAAUGCAUCUGCCUUCUUUCUCACUGGCCUUUCUUUGACGCUUUCAAGAAAUUCCUCACCUUUCUGUACCGUUAUUCCAUCUCUGGUCCUCACGUUCUGCCUAUCGAGAAGCAUAUUUCUCAUUUUAUGCACAAAGUUCCUUUUCCAUCCCCACAGAGGCCCAGAAUUUUAGUCCAGCUAUCACCUCAUGACAGUUUGAUCCUUAGUCAACCCAUAUCAUCACCUCUACCACUGAGCGGGGGAAAGUUUUCUACUCUUCUGCAGAAUCUUGGACCUGAGAAUGCAGUAAAUCUCCUUGUAUUUGCAGUGACUGAACAUAAAAUCCUUAUUCAUUCUUUACGGCCUUCUGUCCUAACAAGUGUAACAGAAGCACUUGUCUCUAUGAUAUUUCCUUUCCACUGGCCAUGCCCGUACAUCCCUCUUUGCCCUCUGGCCUUGGCAGAUGUUUUGACUGCGCCAUGCCCAUUUAUUGUGGGAAUUGAUUCAAGAUACUUUGAUCUCUACGACCCGCCGCCAGAUGUUAGCUGCGUCGACCUAGAUACAAACACCAUUUCACAACCUGGAGAGAAGAGAAACAUUGCAUGGAAGAUUUUGCCAAAGAAACCUUGCAAAAACCUGUUGAACACGUUAAAUAACCUGUUUCAGCAGCUAGCAGAAUUGCAGCAAAGACCGAGGGACGAUGCGUUGAUGGAACUGUCUAUGAAUGACUAUGAUUUUCAUUCGGGAAAGAAGAUGCACUUAUUAGAUGUGGAGAUCCAGGAGGCAUUUCUCUGUUUCAUGGCCUCUUUACUAAAAGGUUACAGGUCCUACCUUAGGCCUAUUACCCAAGCGCCGUCUGAAACAGCAACAGACGCCAGUUCUCUCUUUGAACUGCAAGGAUUCUUAAAAAGCCGUGACCGUUCGCAUCAGAAGUUUUACACUUUGAUGACCAAGACGCAGAUGUUCAUCCGCUUCAUUGAAGAGUGCUCCUUUGUCAGUGAUAAAGAUACAAGCCUUGCAUUUUUCGAUGACUGCGUAAACAAAGUAGAUACAGAUCGGACUGGUGAUGUACGGCUUAUAGAACUGGAUGAGUCCUACAGAAGUGAGCAUACUGUGUUCAUCACUCCUCCAGAGAUUCCUCACCUUCCCAACGGAGAAGAACUUCCUUCGCAGUACAGCUAUAAUGGGUUUCCUGUGCUGAGGCAAGACUUGUUUGAGCGGCCCGUGGGGCUUCUGACCACACGGAACAGCAAAGUGCCCUCCAGAACCAGCAAUCCCAACAGCCCGCUGCCCAUGUUCAGGAGAACAAAGCAGGAGAUCAAGUCAGCCCACAAGAUCGCCAAGAGGUACUCGUCUAUUCCUCAGAUGUGGUCCCGGUGCCUGCUGCGCCACUGCUACGGCCUGUGGUUUAUCUGCCUUCCUGCAUACGUCAAGGUGUGCCAUUCCAAAGUAAGGGCUCUGAGGACGGCCUACGACGUGCUGAGAAAAAUGCACGCCAAAAAGAUCGAUCCCCCCGACGAGGUGUGCUAUCGGGUGUUAAUGCAGCUGUGCGGUCAAUACAGCCAGCCGGUGCUAGCAGUGAGAGUCCUUUUUGAAAUGAAAAAAGCCGGAGUCGAUCCGAACGCCAUUACGUACGGUUACUACAACAAGGCUGUUUUGGAAAGCACCUGGCCUUCAAGCAAUCGAAGCGGCUACUUCUUGUGGACAAAGAUAAGGAACGUGGUCUUGGGAGCAGCACAGUUUAAAAGAGAAGAAAAGAAAGAAAGUGACUCAAGCUCUCUGUCAGAAGUGGAAAGUGGAAAAGGGAGUGGUGACUGCCUCCCUGCGUUAAACUAUCAACAUUCCAACAGCGUUAAGCACACGUCAAGGAUCGUUCGUGUUAAGAGUGCCGUUGGCAAAGCUGCGGAUCUAGCAGGAGAUGUUGACACAGAAAGCCCUGCAGGGUUGCUGUUCUCAUCUUGUUUAGAGGAUACCAACAAAAUGAGAGUUUCCAAAGCCGGACACUUACGAAGCAGGCACUUGAGUGCAGCCGAAGCAGACCGCAGACGGAUGGUUUGGAGAAACAGGAAUCGCAAUCUGAGCGGAGACACCCUGUUGGAGCUCAUGAAAAACCGAAUCAACCAAGAAGCGAGUCCCGGAGAAGUUGUCCAAAAACUAGGCGCAGAUGCGAAAAUCCUUUCUAAAGUGUUUGAGAAGAGAAUAAGGCCAAAGACUCUCAACAUCAGACCCUCUUCCUUGGCUCCCAAUAAGAAAGGGGACGUGGAUAAAGAAUCCAGCGAUGAGGACGCGCCCUCCGAGAACAGUUUCACAGACAAGACUGAAUCCCCGGUUAUAUUUGAUUUAGAAGACUUGGACCAUGAGCCCGUCUCGGCAAAAACUGUAAAGCCAUCAAACAGGAUGCCCAAGAGGAUUCAGCGUGCCAUCAGCUUCCCGGUCAAAGCAGCUGAGAAAACCGACGUCGAAACUGGGUUCGAUCCACUCUCCUUGCUGGCUGCUGAGACAAAAAAGCAGCCGGAGGACGAGGAGGAAACCGAUGAUAAAAGUGCCUGGACCCCAUCUGCCAGGCGAGAUUUAGCUGAGGAAAUAGAGGUGUAUAUGAACAAUAUGAGCAGUCCCUUAAUGAGCCGCACUCCGAGCAUAGACUUGCAAAAAGCGUACAAUGACAAGAACACCCAUAAAAGCAGUCCGACUCCAGCGCAAUUCUGCCGGAGGUCUAGCCUGCCUCCGAACUCACCCAGGCCCGUGAGUCUUCCCAAAUCCAAAAGCUACCAGGUAAAAAACGAAGGAAGAGCGAGAAACAGACUUUGGUCCUCUCCAACAUUCUCUCCGAGCAAUCUAGCGAGGGGACAGUCCGAGGAUAUGACCGGCACAGUGACGCUUGCUUCUCCGACCUCAUUCAAUUUGGAUACGCUGCUGACGCCUACCUUUGAUGUUCUAAAGAGCAGCAUGUUUUCUGCGGGGAAAGGGGUUGCAGAGAAGGCCAGCAGGUGGUACUCCAAGUUUACGACAUACGCGGGAUCGUCAAAGGAUCAAAACUCAGACCGAACGAGUGUUUCAUCCCUUGGGGCCCUGGAUUCAGAAUCCGCAUCUCUGACCGAUGAAGACAUCUGCAACGAUUCUGAAAGCGCGUCUUCUCCUCAAGAGAACGUCUCUUCUGUGCUGAAGGGUAUUGGCCUAAGUAGAACAAGCCUUGAGAGUUCAGCUUCCCAUACCGGCUCAUCGAAGCGAUUCUCGCAGUGUGGCUCUCUCUCAAAGUUCCCUUUGCCAGACAGAUCGGACCUGUUGUCAUCCUGCAGUACAAGCAGUGCAAGCAUGUUCCAGAACUAUGCAAUGGAGGUCCUCAUCUCGAGCUGUUCACGUUGUCGAACCUGCGACUGCCUGGUCCACGAUGAAGAGAUCAUGGCGGGCUGGUCGGCGGACGAUUCCAACCUGAACACCACCUGCCCUUUCUGCGGAAACCUGUUCUUGCCUUUUCUGAACGUUGAAAUCAGGGACCUCCGUGGCCCCGGAAGAUAUUUUCUGAAGUCCAGUCCAUCUUCGGAGAACAUGCAACUUCCGCCGCUGCUUUCAACCCAGACUGCAAAAUCCUCCCCCUCUGAUCCUUCAAUAUCUGCUCAGGAUGGCUUGCAUUCAAACAGCAACUCAAAACAGCCUGACACCGCCUGCGCCAGGAGCAUUCAGAUCCCUUCUGGAAGAAAACAGGGGGCCGCCGCCAGGAGCGAGCACCUCAGUCCCCCCCUGUCGAGAAGCAUCGGUGCCUGUGGCCCCCUGGAGGCGGAGGACAAGGAGAGCUGCAGGCACAGCCACAUCAUUCCCACUGGGAGCCUGCCGACCACACUGCAGGGCACGGCGGACCCUUUGGGGCUGGAGUGGCGCUUCCCUAGCCCGGAGCCCAUCACGGUUCCUUACCUGAGCCCUCUCGUCGUAUGGAAGGAGCUUGAAAGUUUGUUCGAGAACGAAGGGGAUCAUGUGAUCACAAUGGCGGACUUUGUCGACCACCAUCCCAUCAUCUUCUGGAAUCUCGUGUGGUAUUUCAGACGCCUGGACUUACCCAGCAAUCUGCCGGGAUUGAUCCUGCCCUCCGAGCAUUGUAAUAAAAAUUCAAAGAUUCCCCGAAAUUGUAUCUCAGAGGACAGCAAAUAUGUUCUCAUUCAGGUGUUGUGGGACAACAUGAAGCUGCACAGAGAUCCAGGCCACCCUCUUUAUAUUCUGUGGAAUGCUCAGACUCAGAAUUACCCCAUGGUUCGCUUGCUGCAGAACGAGGACAGUUCGUUUAGCCACGAGCUUUUAAGGAGCAUGGUGAAGAGCAUUAAGAUGAAUGACGUCUAUGGCCCAAUGAGUCAGAUCCUAGACAGACUGAACAAAUGCCCGCAGAUUAAAAGGCAAAGGAGUCUGUAUAGAGAAAUAUUAUUUCUCUCUCUUGUGGCUCUUGGAAGGGAUAACAUUGAUAUAGAUGCUUUUGACAGAGAAUACAAAACGGCGUAUGAUCGUCUUACAGCAAAUCAGGUCAAAAAUACCAACCACUGCGACAGACCUCCGAGUACGGGAGUGGUGGAAUGUCGGAAGAUUUUUGGGGAGCCAUACCUCUGAAAAGAAAGGAUUGCUGCAGGGUCCGUGUGUUUGGAAACAAAAUACUUCUCAAAUGUUCUUCACUUUCUCCAUUUAAAAAGGGACCCCCUUUCCCCCCCCACCUCUUGGGGCAUCGGGAUUUCUGGGUUGCAGGGGGAACAGAAUAAUAGCAGAGCGACUGAUGAAUAGCAAGCCAAAGAUGGCUCUCUCUCUCCACCUUGAUGUCGUCUACAAGCCACUUAGUGGAGAAAACUGAACAGUCCACUGAAGAAAGCCGAGGCAGAAACGGACCAAAACUGUGCACUAGUCUUUGCACGGACGAAAUCGGCUUUGCAAAACUGUUUACACUGAGCGGUCAAAGUGUUAC